UUCAGCCUUCAUCUGAUGCAGCUUCCCACAUUCAUAGGAACGAUCGAAGAAAAAGCUGAAAAUUUUCGAGCAUCCGAUCACCUCUUGCGGGGCACCUACAACAGACCCAUCAAAGAAGAAGGAGAUCCCCGUCCGCGAAUCAGUCUCUCCGAUCGGAACAAGAUGCAGGCCGACGGGAAAGAUGAUGGUUCACUCGAGAACAGGCCCGGGAUCUUCGUGAUCGGGCCUUCCGGCGUCGGCAAACGGACCCUUCUGUCUCGGUUGCUAUCAAUUGAUAUUGAGGAAGGUCCUGACCCAUCGUCGGACGUAGUUGUCCAUGGGUGGAGUAUAAACACAAAAUACUAUAGUGCGGAUGUUUCUGUGUGGAUGGCGCAUCUCCGUGAUGAUUUUGAUGCACAAUCCCUGCCUAUUCUCGGGAAGUUGGAUGCCUUGGUGAUGGUUUUUGACUUGAGUAAGUCACCAUCCCUUACUGCACUUCAGGAAUGGGUCUCUAAGAAUGAUAUUAAGAAUUUUGAGAUAUUGUUGUGCGUUGGGAAUAAAGUAGACCUUAUUCCUGGUCAUCCGGUUCAUGCUGAAUACAGAAGAAGGUUGCUAAAUGUUGAAGACGACUCUGUCGAUUAUUAUGCGGAACUUAAGGACUGCGGAAUCUCCGAGACUGAGGGAAGUAGUUUACUGGGUGGUGAUGAAUCUACCUUAGAGAUUAGAAAAACAUGUCUGGACUGGUGCGUUGAUCACAAUAUUGAAUACAUUGAAGCUUGUGCUUCCAAUGCUGACUUUGACAAAUGCUUAUCAGUUGCUGGCGAUUCACAGGGAGUUGAACGUCUAUCUGUUGCACUUUCUUCUCAUAUGUGGCCUGGAAUGAUACUGAAAUCUGGUGAAAAGAUAAGGGAACCAUCAUUGCCUGAAAGACAAGAAUCAUCAGAAGAAGAAUCAGAUUAUGAAUUGGAAUAUGAAAUUCUUUCGGCGGGUUCAGCAGAGCCAUGGAAUGAUGCAGAUGAAGAAUGGGUCUCAGCUAGUAGUUCUACAGUACCCUCAAAUGCUGGUGGAUCGACUGUGGCUCGGAAUACUUCUGUCACAGAAAGUGAUCAUGAAAAUGGAGAAAGUUAUGACAGGAAAGAUAAGCAGGUCUCAACCUCGGAGACUUCCCUGGUUGACAAAAACAAUGAUGUCGGAUCAUCGGUCACAAAAGACCCUGAUGACUUCACAGAACCAAAUCCAGAUAAUCAGAUCGACUUUGAGGAUCUGGAACAGUUGAUGUCCGAGAUAGGGAAUAUUCGCAAUAACCUGCGGUUCAUGCCCGACUUUCAAAGGAGGGAAAUGGCUGCGAAACUUGCUAUGAAAAUGGCCAGCAUGUUUGGUGGAAGCAGUGAUGACGAGGAGUAACAUACUAGUGCAUUCCGCAAACCGAAUAUUUCGAAGUUGAUCUUUACAG